CAUUUUCUCUCUCUAAAGUCAUCAAUGGCGCCCAAGGCGGAGAAGAAGCCAGCAGAGAAGAAGCCAGCCGCUGAUAAAGAGGAGAAGAAGGUUGCAGAGAAAGCCCCUGCUGAGAAGAAGCCCAAGGCCGAGAAACGCCUCCCUACGAAAGAGGGGGGAGCUUCUGAUAAGAAGAAGAAGAGGUCAAAGAAGAGCAUUGAGACCUACAAGAUCUAUAUCUUCAAGGUCUUGAAGCAGGUUCACCCUGAUAUUGGUAUCUCCUCUAAGGCCAUGGGCAUCAUGAACAGCUUCAUCAAUGACAUUUUUGAGAAGCUUGCUCAGGAGGCCUCGAGGCUUGCUCGCUACAAUAAGAAGCCCACUAUCACUUCCAGGGAGAUUCAGACUUCUGUACGUUUGGUUCUUCCUGGUGAGCUUGCUAAGCAUGCCGUUUCAGAGGGUACCAAGGCUGUUACCAAAUUCACUAGCUCUUAGAAAUUGGGUUAAUUUGAAUUCUAGGGUCUCUCUCUCUAGAUGGUUCUCUCUUUGUUCCUUUACAUUUAGGUUUGGUUUCUUUGGAAGGUAUAUGAUGGGUUUUGUUGGUGUUUAGUUUUACUCUGAUCUGUAUAUGGAGAUCAUGGCUCUUUCCUUUUUGAUGGAUUGUAAAGAUCUGAUGAUGUUUGACAAUGAACACGGUGAUGUUAUUUGACGGAUCAAUUACUUGUGGAUUUUUUUUUUAA